AUGUGCUUACAGAAAAGGGAGACUGCCCAUAAAAGAUCUCAUGAGAGUGCUCCUUUAAAAGUGGCAAUCCCACUUCAGAGGGCUUCCUUAUCUGCGAUGGUGUUUAUCUGGCAAGGAGGUCCGGGAUCCCGGCGCCUGCUGCUCUCGCUUCUGCUCCUCGCAGCCUGGGAGGCAGGGAGCGGCCAGCUCCACUACUCGGUCCCCGAAGAGGCCAAACACGGCACCUUCGUGGGCCGCAUCGCCCAGGACCUGGGGCUGGAGCUGGCGGAGCUGGUGCCGCGCCUGUUCCGGGUGGCGUCCAAAGGCCGCGCGGACCUUCUGGAGGUAAAUCUGCAGAAUGGCGUUUUGUUUGUGAAUUCUCGGAUCGACCGGGAGGAGCUGUGCGGGCGGAGCGCGGAGUGCAGCAUCCACCUGGAGGUGAUCGUGGACAGGCCGCUGCAGGUUUUCCAUGUGGAGGUGGAGGUGAAGGACGUUAACGACAACCCCCCGGUGUUCAGAGAAAGAGAACAAAAGGUAUUAAUUUCUGAAUCUGCGCCUCUGGACUCUCAUUUUCCUCUAGAGGGCGCUUCUGAUGCAGAUAUGGGCAUAAACUCUCUUCUGACAUACGUGUUAAGUCUAAACGAGUACUUUGUACUUAAAACAAUAACGAAAAAAGAUAAAAGUAUAUUACCUGGAUUAGUUCUUCGGAGGUUAUUGGAUAGAGAAGAAACGUCAGAACUUAAUUUAUUGCUGAUGGCUAUCGAUGGCGGUAAACCGGAACUAACAGGAUCUGUUCAGAUUCACAUAACCAUUCUGGAUGUGAAUGACAACGCUCCGGAGUUUGAUAAGCCUGGCUAUAAAGUAGUGUUGUUUGAAAAUGUCCAAAACGACACGAAAGUGAUUCAACUAAAUGCUUCCGAUCUAGACGAAGGACUGAAUAGAGAAAUUUCCUAUGGAAUCAAAAUGAUUUUGCCAGUGAGUGAGAAAUGUAUGUUUUCUAUAAAUCCAGACACGGGUGAAAUUAGAGUUUAUGGAAAACUGGAUUUUGAAGAGAAUAAUGCAUAUGAAAUUCAGGUUAAUGCCAUUGAUAAAGGGAUUCCUUCCAUGGCAGGUCACAGCAUGGUUCUGGUAGAAGUUCUGGACCUGAAUGACAAUGUCCCUGAGAUAACUGUCACUUUGCUGUCACACCUCGUGCUAGAGGAUGCUCAGGUGGGCACUGUCAUCGCCCGGAUCAGCGUGUCGGAUCGUGACUCUGGAGCCAAUGGACAGGUCACCUGCUCACUAACACCCCACGUCCCCUUCAAGUUGGUGUCCACCUUCAAGAAUUACUAUUCUUUGGUACUGGACAGCGCCCUGGACCGCGAGGGCAUAUCUAAUUAUGAGUUGGUGGUGACCGCGCGGGACGGGGGCUCGCCUUCGCUGUGGGCCACCGCCAGCGUGUCCGUGGAGGUGGCCGACGUGAACGACAACGCGCCGGCGUUCGCACAGCCCGAGUACACGGUGUUCGUGAAGGAGAACAACCCUCCCGGCUGCCACAUCUUCACGGUGUCGGCGCGGGACGCGGACGCGCAGGAGAACGCGCUGGUGUCCUACUCGCUGGUGGAGCGGCGGGUGGGCGAGCGUGCGCUGUCGAGCUACGUGUCGGUGCACGCGGAGAGCGGCAAGGUGUACGCGCUGCAGCCGCUGGACCACGAGGAGCUGGAGCUGCUGCAGUUCCAGGUGAGCGCGCGCGACGCUGGCGUGCCGCCUCUGGGCAGCAACGUGACGCUGCAGGUGUUCGUGCUGGACGAGAACGACAAUGUGCCCGCGCUGCUGGCGUCUCGGGCUGGAGGCUCUGGCGGUGCGGUGAGCGAGCUGGUGCCGCGGUCGGUGGGCGCGGGCCACGUGGUGACGAAGGUGCGCGCGGUGGACGCCGACUCGGGCUACAACGCGUGGCUGUCGUACGAGCUGCAGCCGGCGGCGGGCGGUGCGCGCAGCCCGUUCCGCGUGGGGCUGUACACGGGCGAGAUCAGCACGACGCGCGCCCUGGACGAGGCGGACGCUCCGCUUCAGCGCCUGCUGGUGCUGGUGAAGGACCAUGGCGAGCCGGCGCUGACGGCCACGGCCACCGUGCUGGUGUCGCUGGUGGAGAGCGGCCAGGCUCCAAAGUCCUCAUCGCGGGCGUCAGCGGGGGUCGCGGGUCCGGAGGCGACGCUGGUGGAUGUCAACGUGUAUCUGAUCGUCGCCAUCUGCGCCGUGUCCAGCCUGUUGGUGCUGACGCUGCUGCUGUACACGGCGCUGCGGUGCUCUGCGCCGCCCUCCGAUGUCGCGUGCGGACCUGGGAAGGCCACGCUGGUGUGCUCCAGCGCGGUGGGGAGCUGGUCGUACUCGCAGCAGAGGCGGCAGAGGGUGUGCUCUGGAGAGGGGCCGUCCAAGACCGACCUCAUGGCCUUCAGCCCCAGCCUUCCACAGUCUCGAGAAGAUUGUUUAAAUCCUUCCAGUGAAGUAAGUCAUUGA